CAGAUACUUACCUUCAUUAAUAAAAAUCAAUGAAUUAAAGUAUAAGGAGGAUUAUUUCAUUUAUUUCACUACAACAAUAUAUGAAUUAAACAUUCUAUCCUUCAUUUGAAGAUAGUUCGACGUGAUAUCACUUAAACCGAUGUUUUGUCGAGGAUGCAAAAUCAAAGAAACGAGUACUCCAUAUCCUUGCGGAAUCUCAGCUAUAUCAUAUUGACAAUUUCAACAGGAAUAGUCAUCCAUCGCAAGUUUCGAAGAAUAAAAGACAUUGAAGAUUUAUCCUCUAGAUUUUUUCGUGGGCAACAGAAGUCUCUUACGAAACUUAAUAGCCUGUAUGGUUAUGUAACCUCUGUUGGAGAUGGAGACAAUUUCCGAUUCUAUCACACGCCUGGAGGCCGUUUACUAGGUUGGCAUUGGCUUAGAAAAGUCCCAUCUAAUCGAAAUGCUUUAAAAAAUGAAACCCUCAGCAUUCGACUUUCUGGAAUUGACGCUCCAGAGUCAGGUUAUUUUGGAAAACUGGGUCAACCUUUUUCACUGGAAGCUAAACAAUUUCUCGCGAGAAAGUUAGAGCAUCGUUCUGUUCGAGUGUAUCCAUUGCAUCGUGAUCAAUACAACCGUGCUGUAUGCGGUGUAACGUACUAUCCUAUUCGGUGGCUUUUUUUCAAACGGGACAUUGGCCCUCAGCUUGUCUCUAGAGGACUUGCCGUUGUCUAUGAAGGUGCUAAUUCUUCUUACUAUCCAACUGAAAAAUCGGUUUUGAUGAAAAUACAAGAAACCGCCAGAAAACGAAAAUUAGGCAUGCAUUCCCUUGGAAAUAAGCUAGAGCUUCCUAAAGAUUAUAAAAAACGAAAUAAGUAAAACUUGUUCUGUGUUUCUCUAAACUCCGCGGCACAACCGCGGUUCCCAGACUUACCUACCCUGGGAUCCCUCGGUCCUGCUGAGGGCAAAGCACCA